GUAUAUAUUUGCCAUGCUGACCAUCCCUCCUUAAGCUUUAAUAUCUUUCACUUCUUAACAACAACAACACCAACAAAAACAGCAACCAACAUAUACCAGAAAACAUCUUAUGACUCUCUUUAGUAUCGAGAUACCAAAAUAUACUGUGAACAUAUUGUUUCUAACUUGUCAAGAUGUUUGAAAAUUUCGAGUUACGCCAUAUUCCUGCGCUCUUCACAGCGACAGUCAUGACCUUUGGUGGAAUGUGGUCAUUUUUCGAUGCGCGGGCUGCUAUGCUCGAAUUCGGCCUGCCAGAUCGUAUUGCUAGCACGCCUGCUGCGAAUGCAGUCAUGCAUAUAAACAACGCCCGCACCACUUCCUUCGGCAUAUGCAUGUAUACUCUUUACUUUCGCAAUGAACUAGUUGCUUGCGAUACCAUCCUCGCCAUCCUGGGGGCCUAUGCGGGACUGGUUGACAGCUACGUCGUGUGGAAGGAGGGGAAUCCUCGCAAGGCAGCUUUCCGCCUUGUAAGCUCCGGCUUGCUUUCUGCCGUUGGGUUCGCUGGGUGGACCGCGGGUCGCUGAUUUAUUUUCUGUUUGAUCCCCCAAUGUUACAUUGGUUAAGUACCUCAUAGGUCAGGGGUACUUAAGGUUCUAGGUCUUAAGGUUGGAACAGGGGUCUCCCCGUUAUCUUAGGUACCUCUUAAUAGGGCAGGUGCCACAGCUUCGGUACUCAGGUGGCAGGGUGGAUAGGAAGCAACCCCCAUACAUGUAGUGUAUAACAACCAGUGAAAACAUGCAACAGUUUGAAUUUUACACUUCUA